GUGGGUGUGGGUGUGGGUGUGGGUGUGGGUGUGGGGUGUGGGUGUGGGUGUGGGUGUGGGAUGUGGGUGUGGGUGUAUGUGUGGGUGUGGAUGUGGGUGUGGGAUGUGGGUGUGGAUGUGGAUGUGGGUGUAUGUGUGGGUGUGGGUGUGGGUGUGGAUGUGGAUGUGGGUGUGGGUAAGGAUAAAGAGAAGUGAAUACCCACACCCACACACCCACCCUUAAUUUUCUUUUUUCGUCAUAGUUGGAUGGAACACGACUAUUUACAUAACGAGAAGCAAUAUUACACACAUUCAAAAGCAAUUUGACAACAAUUAAAAUUUUUUGUUUAUUACUCUUAUAAUUAAAAAAGUGUUGCCUUAGACUUCGUAGAAUUUGCUUUUUAAUAUGCGUGAUAUUGCUUUUUCUUAUGUAAAUGGUGCUGCUCCAUCCAACCAUGACGAAAAAAGAAAACUAACCGUUGAUGAAAUUUCGUACUGUGGGGCACGAUAAACUGUAAAUAUCUUGAAAUUUAAACAUCUCGGUGUGUGUACACUAUUGGCAACUCAUAUUUUCAAUUAGUUGGUUUGACAGUGAGAGCAUUUAUUUGAUCCAUCUAUGAUCAAUCUCUUUAGCUUACAGUAUACGGUCUUUUACUCUGAGCUAUAUAAUGGUUGUGUUGUCUUUCUUCAGAAUGCAAUACUUUUUGAAAUAAAGUAUGAGUCGAUAAACAAAAAAGAUAAAGCAUUUAAUGCAAGUAUGUCAAUAUGAUAGUCCUUGGUUUGCAAAAAGUUAUUCUUUCUGAUUAGUUUCCAAUUUCGGAAAAAAAGUUCCGAUUUUGAAAACAAGAAUUUCUGAUUUUUAAGUUUUUCAUCUAGCAACCCUGGUGAAAAUACCAGAAGCAAUUCUUUUCUUCAUUCUUCACAGAAAGGACAAGCAAAAAAUGCAUGUGUAAUUCAGACGGAAGAAAAAAAAAGAGUUACUAUCUGAAUUGCUGUAAAAAUCCCGAAAAAAAGCUCGAAAAGAAAAAUCUCAAAACUAAAAAUCUCGAAAUGCAAAAUGUCGAAAAAUUAUAAUUCCGAACAAUUAAAAUUUCGAAAAUCAAAUCACCGAAGAUGUCAUCGUGGGUGUGGGUGUAGCAUUUAGCCACACGCACACUCUCACCCCAACAUCCUACACUCACACCCACAUUGAAUCAUACUUGAGAAUCUGGAUUGUUUAAUCUUAGGUGUAUACUUUCAAAUUAAUGUCUUUCAAGGACAUUUUUUCUCUCAUUCUCUCGUAUUCAACAUGUACGAUGUUGACAUUGCUAUGCGUAUAUUCAUAAUUAUUGUUGACAGUAGCGUCCAUGGGUAUCGUUAAUUAUUUCGUCGAGCAAGAAACUACCGCUGAGCAGCAAGGGUUUGAGACAGAAAGAAAAAAUAUUCAUAUUAAUAUAGUACAACUAGUAUAAAUAUAUAAAAGCAAUAAAAAUAGAAAAAAUCGAAGUGCAUGCAUAUUACUUUAUAAAUUUUGAGUAGAGUAGGCAGAACGAACAGCAAACGAUCAUUGCAAAGGUAACUUAGAAAAUUCCAGCAAAACUAACAUUUUAGAACACAUCAUAUUGAGAUUUUUGUGACAGAUCAAGUUAACAUUUAAGAAUUUUAUCUAUCGAACAGUUCAAAAAACACUAUAUGUUAACAUGACGUAGAUUGUCAUUUCAUGGAACUAUGCAGUCAGCCAGAGAUCCUGAAAGAAGAACGUAUUUGAUACAUCGAUACACAAACGACUUUGAUUUCAGACAAAAGAUGGAUGUUUUUCUGUAUGAUUUAAGAUGUUGUACAGAUACUUCUAGCAUGAUGUUCGUCUUUUGCCAAACUUGUGCUUUUUCGAGAUAUCUAUCUGACUGAACUGCAUUUAGUGGGAUUUAUGAUGAAAUAGUUCUUUCAAUGAUCUUCAUAUAAGAAUUUUUAUGAGAUGAUUCGUUGAUUUUCAUCAAAAAAUUUCAUCAGACAAAUAAAAAGAAUAGAUUUCUCUGUUUCAGUUCACGAUGAAAUUUAGGGCCGUCUUAGUUCUAUUCAUAUGCUUAUUAGCAACUGUCAAGAACAAUCCAUUAUUGGAUGAAAGCGACAAAAGUGAUGAUUCAAGUGAUAUUAAUGAGGAUGAACGAAAUAUGAUCAGUGUUGACCAUCAUGCAAGAUCGACUCUAAUCUUUUUGGAUGGAGGCUAUUCGAAAGAUUCAUCAAAUGUUUAUUUUGGAGGUAGAAAAGUCGAUGGUGCAAAUGCUUAUUCAUUUCAAUCUCUUGGCGAUGGGUAUGGCAAAGAUAGCUUUACUGUUUAUUAUGCAGGUAAAAAAGUUGAGGGUGCAAAUUCUUAUUCAUUUCAAUCACUUGGCAGUGGCUAUGGCAAAGAUAGCUUUACUGUUUAUUAUGCAGGUAAAAAAAUCGAUGGUGCAAAUGCUUAUUCAUUUCAAUCACUUGGUGGUGGCUAUGCGAAGGACAACUGGAAUGUAUAUUCGAUGGGUGUGAAAAUGCCUGGCGUGUCUCCUAAUUCGUUCAAUUAG